UUUAAGUCUAUGUCAUUUUCCAAAUAGUUUUAGAACUCUGGUAAUAGUUUUUGCUUUUAAAAACAGGACAUUUUGAUAUGGUGCUCGAGAUGUUUAAAAUGUUCACCGUACGAAAGAGGAAGAACAGUAACGAUUAUUUACCGAGCUAUGAAAACAUGGAUCCCUACCAGAAAGACCAACCUCAGCCUAACCUGUGUUAUUUCUCUGGUUUGAUUCUCCUGGUCCAGGGUCUAGGACUCACCGCAGUCAUCCUGGUGGCAGUAUGGAUGGGUCACUUCCAGGGAGGGUUUGCCUGGCAGGAGGAUCCUGACAAGGAGUUCAACUAUCACCCUGUAUUUAUGGUGAUAGGGAUGAUAUUCCUGUAUGCUGAUGCCAUCCUUGCAUACCGUGUGUUCAGAAAUAUAAACAAGCUUUAUAUCAAACUGGUGCAUGGGGCCAUACAUUUAGGGGCACUGAUAUUUGCCUCAGUGGCCUUGAAGGCUGUGUUUGACUCCCACAACCUGAAGAUGAAGGACGGGAAACCAGCCCCGAUACCCAACCUGUACAGUCUGCAUAGCUGGAUCGGGAUCAUCACUGUGGUUAUGUUUGGCUUGCAGUGGGUUUGUGGCUUCAUAGCCUUCUUCUUUCCAAAACUUGGGUUUGCUGGGCGAACCUUGUAUAUGCCACACCAUGUGUUCUGGGGCUUGGCUGUGUUUGGUUUGGCUUGUGCUGCUGCACUCACUGGGAUCACAGAAAAGGCAUUUAUCCUGAUGUUUGCUGCAGGCUUCAAAUAUUCCAUGCUUCCCUCUGAAGGUGUGGUCAUCAACUGUCUAGGGUUGUCGAUCAUUAUGCUGGCUGUCGUUGUGUUCUAUGUUGUAACAAGACCUGAGUACAAGCGUCCCAAAGGCCCAGAGGAGGAAGAACGUAUUCAACUUUCCUCCAACUAGGAGAGCUCUUCAAGGGGAGCUAGCAACCAGAAAGUACUCCCAAGGGACAUAACUGAAUGUUUCUAAUUGGGAGGAAUAGAUAUAAUUAUUAUUUUAUCUUGAACAAAACCGGAGAGAGUAUUUUAAUGAGAAAUACAUAUAUAAAUUUAGAGUAGUAAUUGUGUUACAGCUAGUUAUUUCAGCAGAUUAGUUUGGCUCUUGAAUAUAGAGAUGCGAAUAAAGGCUUGCUGAUGAUUAUUUUUGUCAUAUAUAUAGUUAUAUAUACAAUGGCAUGUAAACCAUGCAGAAGUGUCAUAAUUUGAUUAUAUAGUGAAACUGAAACUGAAUAAUUUAAUUAAUCUUCUAUACAUAUACAGUGGUAUAUUCAAUGCAUUGUACAUUUAAUGUAACAAGCCUUGAUAUAUAAAUGAUGAAAUUAAUGUAAAAACUCACAAAAAAUUAAAAACUAACACCUGCUAACACUAUUAUCAGAAAAUUUAAAACAAUACCAUAAAUUCUUUGAAACACAGUUAUUAAGAUUUUGUUUAAAUGUAUCAAGUUAUUCACUUUUCUGCGUCAUGCUAAUGGCAGUUCAUUCCACAGUUUUGGACCAAUAGUUCAUAAACUUCUUUCAUUGAAUGUUUUGCUCUUGUUGUAUGGAACAACAUAACGACAAAAAACAUUACUUGGCACCUUUCUAAAGUAUGUCAGCAUUUGGAGGCCAGUCUAGGAUUGGUCAGUUUAAAGGUUGCUUUUAGAACCAGCCAGUCAGAUGUUAGAGGUCAGAACUUUUAUAACUGAACCAUUGUCUAAAUACUAUUUCAGUUGAUAAGAGUGAAUUUUAUGUCUUGAAAAAAAUCAUGUAUAUAAGUGAACAUGACCUGAUUCUAUGAAAAAAUAUUAAUUCUAUAAGACUGCAGUUGCCUAGUAGAUUUUUUGUGAAGUCGUCUGAAAUAACUGGCUGUAUUCAAAUGAAUUAUAUAUUUGUUGUGUUGUGAAAGAAAAAGAAGAAAAGCUGCUGUUGUAUUUGCUACUGUAACCAUGGUUACAGUUUGUAAAAGCUCUGUUGAAAUACUUUGUUUUAAUUUGUUAAGAUCAUAAUAAAUUCUUAUAUUGUUAAUAUAAAACCCAAAUUAUGCUUUAUACUUGUUAUUGAUUUUUGUUAGCUCGACUAUACGAAGUAUAAGGAGAGCUAUCCUGCUCGCCCCGGCAUCGGCGUCGGCGUCUUUCCGCGUCCCCACCUUGGUUAAAGUUUUGGUGCACUUUCUCUUUUUUCAACUUAUCUCUGUAAUUACUUGAUGGAUUUGAUUCAAACUUGAAAUACUUAUUCCUGAUCAUCAUCCACAUCAUCUGACAUAAGGGCCAUAACUCUGGCACCAAUAUUUCAUGAAUUAUCCCCCCUUUUCACUUAGAUUUUCAGGUUAAAGUUUUGAUGCACUUUCACUCUAUCUCUGUUAUUACUGAAUGGAUUUGAGUCAAACUUAAAAUAGUUGUUCAUCAUCAUCACCCACAUCAUAUCACACAAGGUGCAUAACUCUGGCACCAUUUUUUCAUGAAUUAUGCCCCCUUUUUACUUAGAAUUUCAGGUUAAAGUUUUGGUGCACUUUCACUCUACCUCUGUUAUUACUGAAUGGAUUUGAAUCAAACUUAAAAUAGUUGUUCAGCAUCAUCACCACAUCAUAUGACACAAGAUGCAUAACUCUGGCACAAUUUUACAUGAAUUAUUCCCCUUUUUACUUAGAAUUUCAGGUUAAAGUUUUAUGCACUUUCACUCUGUUAUUACUGAAUGGAUCUGAUUCAAACUUAAACAGUUGUUCAACAUCAUUACCCUUAUCAUAUGACACAAGGUGCAUAACUCUGGGACCAAUCUUUCAUGAAUUAUUUCCCCUUUUUACUUAGAAUUUUAGGUUAAAGUGUUGAUGCACUUUCACUCUGUCUCUGUUAUUACUGAAUGGAUUUGAUUCAGACUUAAAAUAGUUGUUCAACAUCAUCACCCACACCAUAUGACACAAGGUGCAUAACUCUGGCACCAAUAUUUAAUGAAUUAUGCCCCUUUUUGCUUAGGGUGUACUUAUAUAGUGUUUUGAUACAUUUUAUUUUUACCUGUCUUAUUACUUUAAGUUGAUAUUUUUGACACAGACUCAGGCUGUUGUGUAAUAUCUUCAGCCACAAUUGGAGUCAUUAAACACUCCAUUGACAGCUCUAGUUUCCUCAGAUGUGCCCAGUUUCACUAUCCAGCAUCGAAAUAGUUGAGCGCGCUGUCUCCUGUGACAGCUCUUGUUUCUAUAUGUACAUACAUAACAGAUUUUUGUUCUUUUAUGUAUAUACAUAACAGAUUUUUGUUCUUAAAUGUAUAUACAUAACAAUACCAGCAGUCAUCCUUGGAAAUGUUUUGGCCUUGGAAUUCAGUCUGUCGAUCUUUAUCUUUCUUUCUGUGUUGGAAAAUCAGUUUUAUCAGAAAGUCGAUCAGAGACAAGUUAUGCUAAUUAGCAUGGAGUUAUUUGCAUGCAUAAAUGCAUUAUUAUACAUGUCAGUUAGCUUACAUUAUCAACAUUUCUUCCCAGGUAGGGAAUUUUAUUUUGUAUAGAAUUUUGCUCUGUGUCAGGUGUUUCAGAAACACAUUUCAUCUUUGUCACAAGCCUUUAAAGCAUCUAUGUGGUAAUAGAUAUUUGAAAAAAUUAGUCAGUUUUGUAAAAGUUAUAAAAGACUUCUAACACAUGGUGAAAAUUGAUAUUGUCAUUUUGUCUUUCAAACAGAUAGUCUUGGAAACAAUUGUAUACUAUUAACUUUUUGUUUUUUGUUGUUCAAGUUCUUUGCACUAUUUAUUAUUUUAUAGAAUAUAGAUGCACCACGCCAUGAGAAAACCAACAUAGUGCAUUUGCAUCCGCGCAGUCGAGUCUGGAUUACUGCUGUUUGCUUUCAAAGCCUAUUGUAAUUAGAGAAACCCAGAUUGCAUGGAUGCGCAGGCUGGUAUGGAUCCAUGCUGGUUUCAAAUUCACUGUGUUGGUUUACUCAUGGCACAGCUCAGAUGCAUGUAUAUUUUCUAUUUAUUAUUCUUAUAGUGAUUGAAACAAUACUUGUGAUAGACAAAAUUGCUGUUCAAAAAGCACGACAGUGUGAAAGGGUGGCCAUAUUUUUGGAUGAAAGUUUAAAGCAUGUACUAGUAUUUAUUUAGAAAUGCUAAUGAUUGCAAUAUCUUGAAUUCAGUUUUUUUUUCCAACAGUAAAACUUCACAUUUUGAUAAAUCAGUCCUUUUCUUCCUCAUAAUCAUGGAAGGAGACAGGAGGAAAAAGGAAAUGUCUAUGGAUUAAUUGAUAUACAUUUUAUAGUUUUUUAUUCUUUCCUUUUGCUAUAAUGAUAUGUCAUUUUGAAGAAAAAGGUUGUUUAGUUGUUUAACACAACAAGAGUUUAGAAAAUAUGUCUACACAUAUUUUUUUUCUGCAGUGUUUUAUUAUGUUGUAAAUAUUUGUUCUUCAUCAUCUUUAAAUGUUUAUUUCAUUCACAUUUCUCCACUUCAGAAGGAAUAUUUGUCAUUAUCUUUUUUUGCAUAUUCUCCAACAGUAUUUUGUCAUCUCCUGUUCGUUUUCUUUAGUAAAACAACUAAAUGUACAUUGGUUUUAUUGCUAAUAAAAUCUCGGUGUA